UAGCACCGGAAAUGGAGGUUCUGUUUUUCCCAAAUAAAGGUAACAUGACAAUAAAACAGGAAUGAAGUGGGACGUGUUUGCCUAAGUUACGAGUCACUCCGUGGGGAAAGUCCAUCUUUGUUGAGACACUCCGACUGCUGCGCCACAUCAUCCUAAACAUGACCAAACACGAAUUUGCUGUGGCCAUGACGUGUGAAGGAUGCUCAGGAGCUGUCAGCAGAAUCCUCAACAAGCUAGGAGAUGUUAAGUUUGAAAUCGACUUGCCGAAGCAGCUGGUUUGGAUCGAGUCGGACAAAGACGUAGAAUUUCUAAUGGACACUUUGAAGAAGUGCGGAAAGGAGGUCAAGUACAACGGCACCAAAUGAUCUUGCUCCAGGAUUUGGACACUUAUGGUGCAAAAUGAAGAGUGCUCCACACAGCCCCUAGACGUCAUUGGAAUGGCUGAAGGGGCAAUUUAGCAAUCUUUUAUGAGCAUGUGGACUACUGCAGAGUAUGUCAAGAAGUCAUUUUAGUUGUCAGUGUCAUCUGUAAAAAAACGUUUUUUCCAUUUCUUCUCCGACAUCAUCUUCUAUAAUGUCAUCCCAGCUUCAUGCAUGCUGCGGUAAAGCUUAAAAAAAAAAAAAACUCUAAACAUGCUGAAAAUCAUGUGUUUAAUCACUUCCACUCUGCAUCCUUAAAAUGACAAAUUAACAGCAUUGCAGUUCCUCUUAAAGUCUUUUUUUCGGCAUUUAACAUUUCUUUUUCGCUUGCCUAUGAAACUCUACUAACACUAAUAUACAGUACUCAGCUAACUGAGGCUUUUUCUAGUACUUUUGGAGUAAUAAAGUCAGUUCGGCCUCAA